CGGCAACUAUACUCGUUGGGCGAACCGGCUAUCCGUCGAAAAGACGGGGUGACCAACAGUGACUGCUGCGGACGUUCGUCAGCCUGCACCUCCCUCGGUUGACUCACACCGGAGGCCUUCCCCGUCACUCCCACGCCGAAAGUGUUGGCCGCUCCCGGACGAAUCCCGGAACGCUUCGCCAGCGUGUUGGCUGCAUCGGGCGCAUCGGUGCGACCUGGCCUGGAUUUCGCUGACCACCCGCAGAUGGAACUGUGAACAGGGGGCGACAGAAUGACGCCGGCCCAGAAGAACGCCUACCUAGAGGCCCACAUGGUCGUGCAGCAGCAGAUGGCGCAAGCUGCACUGCAGCUCCAGCAACACCAGCAGCAUCAACAACAUCUGCAACAGCAACACCAGCAGCACCAGCAGCAGCAGCAGCAACAGCAGCAGCAACAGUGCCAAGGCUCGACCCGCUCGGCGAAGAAGUCCAAGACCAGCCACGAUAGUCAACCGUUCCAUCACCACCAUCACCACCAACAGCACCAACUCAACCAUCCGCAACAGCAACAAGUACACCCGCAACAACACCAGCAGCAGACGGGAGGGUGCCUCCAGCAGCAGCAGCAGCAGCAGCAGCAGCAGCAGCAGCAGCAUGCCACUAGCGGCACGUCCUCCACCAUCUCCUCGCUCCCGAAUCCGACUGUCAACCAGUACCCUAGCACGAUCAAGGUGCCGCAGAUCACUGCCGGUUCGCUCCCGGGUGCAACCGGUGGCGGCAGCAGCGGCGGCGGCGGUGAUGGUGGCAGCGGAAGCGCCACCGGUGACGCUUCUCUUGCCACCACCACAACCGCUGCUGCCGCUGCGGCUUCUGCUGCGGCGUCCGCUGCUGCGGCGGUAUCGGCAGCCGCCGUUACCACCGCAGCCGCCGCCGCUGGCAGCAAUAGCAGCAGUAGCGGUAGCAACAGUACCUUCACCGUGCCGGAUGACGUCGGUCUGGGAUACGAAGGUGGAGUACGCGUUCUUCAAAGUUUGGGGAACUGGUCACCGGAGAUACCGCCGAACAUACCGCGCCCCAACCUGAUACCGUUCACGGAGCCGUACGCCGAGGGUGGCUCGAUGCAUCCGGCCACGCGGUUGAAGGCGCUCCAGCAGGUCCACCAGUCGUCAGCGGCCGUCGCAGUCGCCGCUGCCGCUGCCGCAGCCGCGGCAGCCGUCAACUCGGUCGCCAGCACGUUCGGGACGGGCUCGUCACGGAAGGCGAGCUCGUCCGGGAAGACAAAAGGUGGCACAGGGAGUUGCGCCGACGUGGCGCUCACGACCCCCCCGAAACCCGUCUUCGAGUGUAGCGUGUGCGGGAAGGGUUUGGCCCGGAAGGACAAACUGACGAUACACAUGCGCAUCCACACGGGGGAGAAACCGUACGUGUGCGAGGUGUGCGAUCGCGCCUUCGCACGCCGCGACAAGCUGGUCAUACACAUGAACAAGUUCAAGCACAUCACGCCGACGAACAUAGCGCCGCUCGGCAAGCGUCAAAACCGGACGCCCUCGCUAGAGGAAAACAAAGCGGAAGACAAUAAGAACUUGCUGGUCGACCAUCAAGCGUUAGCGACGCAAACGCUAACCACCGUGGUCAACAGCCUUGCGGCACAGCACCAGCAGCAACAGCAGGACCUGCAGCAGCAGCAACAGCAACACCAAUCAAACCAACUGUUGUCCCAGCAGCAAGCCGCGGUUGGAUCAGCGCAACUAACCAGCAUGGCCCUAUCGCACCAGCAACAGCACCAUCCACUAUCCUGGACUUGCGAGCUAUGCGGACGUAUGUUUAACUCUCGGGACGAGUGGACCCUGCACGCAAAAAGCCAUCUGGAGUAUUGACAAAGUGCCGUAGGACUGGUGCCGCAACUCAAUCUAACAGCUGUCGCCACCGCCGUCAAGCAAUUGAAGAAUAAUCUGAUGAGCUGUACAUAAAAACUGCAGUACCCGGUAGCCAACCGAAAACAUUCCACGUGAGCCCCCGAUGCGUCGAUCUUGCCGGACGGCAACCCGACCACUGUUGGAAGUAUCACUAACGGCACUCGUCAACCGUGUCAGCAUUCCCUAGCAAAGGGGGUUUGUUAGUCUACGUUGGAAACCAUAGAAAAACAUAUCGGACAUACCGGAACCAGAGUUUCCGUAAAGCGCGUGAGAUAGCAAAUAUGGAUCCACAAGGCGCAUGAAUAAAGAGAGAACAAUAGAGGGAGGGGAACAAACAAUUGUAUCAUUCACUUGCUCCGCUUUGUUCUAAUUAUGUUUAAUUAUGUACUUUCAGAAGUAAAACUAUUAUCUUUCAUACCGAAACUCUCUAUUUUUUAA